UAUUGCAAAACUGUCAUGCUGCAAUAGGAUCACUGUUCAUUGAACUUUUUGGAGCAAAGAGAGAUAAAAAAUGUGCAUAAUCAUCCAGUUAGAAAGAAAUCUUAGAAACAGAAUGGGAUAGUGUUUAAUUUUUUCCACAUUCCAGUUUUGCAUGCUCCUAUGUAAUUAACACACAUCUGCCAAUGUUGCCUCUUUGUGUACAGGAUGCAUUUCUCAAAUUAGACCGAAGUGCAGACCAUGCAAGUCUUUGUAAUGGGAUAGCAAAGAUGUUUCACUAAUUCUGAAGGUGCAAGCACCAGAAUUGAAUCAAGAGUGAAGCGUGGGUGCUCUUGGUACCAGUUCUACCCACACCUGUCACUUGCAGCACCAGUUAAAGCUUGCUGUGCACUCUUCCAUCACUUUUGAAGUGAAUGGAAAAGCUUACAAACAGCAGGUAGCACCAGAGCAUACCAGUUGUGGAAGAGUCCAGCAGCUCUGGCCUCCCUUUAGAAUACUGGCACUGAGCUAAGCUACGUGCAUGUGAUAACUGCUGGGUUGGAAGCAGCUGAAAUAUACUCUGUUUCAUGGCCUGUAUUCAGGCUGUUAACAGGAUGCCAGACUUUGUGACUGCUAUGACUUCUGGCUUUGUGGCCUGCCAGAAACCUUCCGAGCCAGUAAACCUGUUUUUCGCUGGCUCUGGUGCCUGGGGAGGUCCCAAGCAAAGCAGGGCUGCCAAAGCUCAGAAUAUCCUGGUUGCCAACACUUGCUCACUCCAGAGAAGCUAUAGGUAACUUAACCUGAAUUAGAGGGAAGAAAAAGGCAGUGAGAGCACUUGUGUUUCUGAGCAGGGAGAGCAGGCCAGUCUUCACAGCAAGAAUGGCCAUCCAGAAAUUAAAACUGCCCUGCUCCUUUCCUUCCCCAGCCACUGUUUAGCUCCCAAAGGCUAAUGGGACCAGGCCCUCUGCUGACAUUCAUUUGGGAUGGUGAUGAAUGUGACUGAUAGCACAUGGCAGUCUGGGGCAUCACAGAGCCUGCCAAAUGAAGCUGCUGCAAACUCCACUUAAGCAGCUUUGAAGACUUCAUUUAAGUUUUCAGUUCCUGAAGCUUUGGAGGCUUCUGUGAAGGAAGAUGAUUAAAACACCACCAGUCCUGCUUAAGUGAGGAAGUGAAGGGCUGCUCUUCAUCCUUGGGCUAUGUUUUGGCCCUUACAUCUAUACAUCACUAGAGGGAAUACUAAUGCAGAAAUCACCUCUGUCAUUCAGAGAGCUAUGUUUGGCUGUGUGUUUUAGAGAAAUGCAGAAAUAGAUGAAGGGGUUUUUUUGUAAUUUUGUGAUCUUAUGGAGGCUAUAUUGCAGGAGAAAUUUAAUGAGGGCUGUAGUAUGCUGGAAACAGAGAUAGGAAGAGAGCUGCUCACCAGCACAUAGGCGUUUUCCCCAUUUACAUUGUGACCAAAUGUCUCACCACUGCCAGAAUCAGGCCCUAAGAAAGCAAGUUUCAGAAUGAGUGCAAAGUAAGGUAAACUGUGUCACGUUUAUGGUGGAUGUGAGUCACACUGGUUUUAUCUCACCUCCUCAGCUCUUGCUCUUAUUAGUGGUUCACUAGUUUGGGUGAUUUUCCAUAUCUUUCUCUCUAAUCACAAAUGCAAAAUGCCUUCCCCUCCCCUUUCCCCCUCCCCCAUAUAAAAUAACAUGGUUCCUAGGCCUGGGGACUCUGAGAGUGCAAAAUAGGAAAAAUAGCCUAUCUAGUGAGACCUGUUAUCAGUUUUGACCCAAACAGAGAGGAAGUAGCAAGGCUUACAUGUACCACACAAGAGGAGCAUUAGAUUACUUUUGGGAGCUUCUGUGGACGUUGAAUUAAGAUAGAGAAUUCUAGUGAUUAUUUAUGAAAGAGGAUCAGCAGAAAUAGUGACUCAGACCUAGGGUGAUAAAAAAGGAAAUAAAUUGGAAGAGAUAACUCUGCUGUGCAUUUUUUAUUACAUUUCAGCAUUGAAAACUAGGUAAAAGUGACAUAUUUUUAGCAGAAAAGCUGUCCAGUUAUGUUAUUUAUUUUAUUCUCUGUAUGGCAAGGGGGAAAAAAAUACUCAACAGUUUAUAUGCAUUUGAACUAAAGUUCUAUGCAAAGGUGAUAGAAACAUGUCUAAAACAGAACCAUGGGCAUGAUUCAAUGGUUAACUGAUUUCCUAAAUGAAUGAGAAAGGAAACAGGUUGCUGCAAGCUUCUGCUCUCACUUCCUUAUGAGAGAAGACAUAGACGCUGCCCCAGAAAGAAGCAGGCCCUUGUGCACGCUCGUCUCAGGCAGUCAUGGGUAACUGGGUGGAGAAUGAAGGACUGUCCAUCUUCGUUGUUCUCGUGUGGCUGGGCUUAAACGUCUUCCUCUUUUGGUGGUAUUACCUUGCCUAUGAUAUCCCACCAAAAUUCUUCUACACCAGAGCACUUCUUGGUCGUGCUUUGGCUCUGGCAAGGGCCCCUGCAGCAUGUCUGAAUUUCAACUGCAUGCUGAUUCUGCUGCCAGUGUGUCGAAACUUGCUCUCCUUCCUCAGAGGAUCAAGUGCGUGCUGCUCUACCCGUAUCAGACGACAGCUGGACAGGAACCUCACCUUUCACAAAAUGGUGGCAUGGAUGAUUGCCCUUCAUACUGCCAUCCACACCAUUGCACAUUUAUUCAACGUAGAGUGGAGCGUGCAAGCCCGUGUUGAGGAGGAAGGAACUCUGGCAGCUGCACUUUCUAGCCUUGGUGACAAGCCAGGUGAAAGCUACAUCAACUUCUUUAGACAAACUAUUGGGAAUCCCGUGGGAGGCCUCUAUGUGGCUUUCACAUACUUGGCUGGUCUCACUGGUGUUGUCAUCACGCUGGUCCUCAUACUCAUCAUCACAUCAUCCACCAAAACCAUCCGCAGGUCGUAUUUCGAAGUGUUUUGGUACACUCACCAUCUCUUUGUCAUCUUCUUUAUUGGCCUUGUCAUCCAUGGUGCUGGGCGCAUUGUACGGGGGCAGACAGAUGAGAGCCUGGAUGAACAUAAUCCAGAGAUCUGCUACAAGAACUUCUCUCGCUGGGGGAAGGAGGGGGCAUGCCCAAUCCCCAAGUUUUCAGGGAAUCCUCCUAUGACAUGGAAAUGGGUAAUAGGUCCCAUGUGUUUGUACCUGUGUGAGAGGUUGGUACGGUUGUGGAGGUCACAACAGAAGGUUGUUAUCACAAAGGUGGUCAUUCAUCCUUUCAAGACAAUUGAGCUCCAGAUGAUGAAGAAGGGCUUCAAGAUGGAGGUUGGGCAAUACAUUUUUGUCAAGUGUCCAGCAGUGUCUAAACUGGAAUGGCAUCCAUUUACAUUAACCUCUGCUCCAGAAGAGGAUUACUUCAGCAUUCACAUCCGUAUUGUAGGAGACUGGACAGAGGGCUUGUUCAAUGCCUGUGGGUGUGAUAAGCAAGAGUUCCAGGAAGCAUGGAAGCUGCCCAAGAUAGCUGUGGAUGGCCCCUUUGGAACAGCAAGCGAGGAUGUAUUCAGAUAUGAAACUGUUAUGCUUGUUGGAGCUGGAAUAGGGGUCACUCCCUUUGCAUCUGUACUCAAGUCUGUCUGGUACAAAUACUGCCACGAUGCAACUAACCUCAAACUGAAGAAGAUUUAUUUCUACUGGCUUUGCAGGGACACUCAUGCCUUUGAAUGGUUUGCUGACCUCUUGCAGUCUCUGGAGGCUCAGAUGCAGGAAAGAAAUAAUGCAGACUUUCUCAGCUACAACAUCUACCUUACAGGCUGGGAUGAGACUCAGGCCACUCACUUUGUAGUGCAUCAUGAUGAAGAGAAAGAUGUGAUCACAGGCCUUAAGCAGAAAACCUUAUAUGGAAGACCUAACUGGGAAAAUGAGUUCAGAACUAUUGCAGGACAGCAUCCUGGCUCCAGAAUAGGUGUUUUUCUCUGUGGACCUGAGGGCCUAGCUGAGACACUCAACAAGCAGAGCAUCAGCCACUCAGAAGCUGACCCACGAGGAGUACAUUUCAUUUUUAACAAGGAAAAUUUCUAACUCCCAAACAUGUGGAAGCCAUUUAAUACAAAGUCUAAAGACUGGAUCUCUUUUUUCUAUUUGGACUCCAGGAAGUGCAGCCCAACUUCUAAUCUCAGCUACACUAAUCCAAAUCCCUUUGCUUCUUGGGAAUUAUUUUGGCAUUGUGGUAAUGUAAAAGAGUCAAGUUUUACCUUGGGGAAGUCUGCACUGCCCUCCUGGUGCUGUCAGUUUGGUAGAAAUCUGUUUUAUUUGUGUGUUGGGAUUUCCUCUCAAUUAACUGUCGAUUAUUUCCUACUACUCAUACUGACUGCUGAAGAGCCUAGGCAGCCAUAUGCAUUUGUCAGUCAAUUUACACCCAUAAAGCUUAAUGCUUUUAAAGAAUAAAGCAUAAUGCUUGCUAUUAGGAAAUAUCCUUUGCAUGAGCAUCUUUCAGGCUUCCAAAUAGGAACCUAAAUGUCUUGUCCAAGAGAUAAUACAGGCAGCUGUUCCUCUUUAGGAAAGCAGAAAAAUGGAAAGGAACCACCUGGAUUUCUUAGUGCCAUCCCACCCCUACUCCAGCUGUGGUGUGCUGAUGAGGAUGGAGUCAAACCAAGUCCCAUGAGUUGUGAGCCAUCUCUUGACUGCUUCUAACACUUUCAAGUUUCUCAUCUUCAAAUUCACAGUACAGCAAGCCAAACAAGAAGAGGUUUCAUGUUUUCAAGACUGCCAUUUCUGAUUCUGAAAGCUGCUGAAACUUGUUGCUAAAUACUGGUAAUUUUUGAAGCAUUCUAAAGUGCUUUUGACCCUAUUGCUCAGCUCUUCCUCUUUGACAGUGAAACAGGUUUGAGAAAGCAAUGAUCAUGUGGGCAGUAGAUGGAAUAGCUAUGAAUAAAAUUUCU